CCUUGGCCAAAGCAUCAACAAGACAAACAGCUACUGCUUAGCCUCCUACAGAGAGAAUCAAUCCACAAAAGUGAGGAGAAAGCCAAAUUAAAACAAAUGGCCGCCUUCUCCUACUUCCUUGUCGCUGCUUUUGUUGCAUUGGUUGCUUCUCAGGCCAUUGCUUCUGAUCCUAGCCCGCUCCAGGACUUUUGUGUCGCCGACGUGCACUCUCCUGUGCGGGUGAAUGGAUUUGUUUGCAAGGACCCGAUGGCCGUGAAUGCGGAUGACUUCUUCAAGGCAGCCAACCUUGACAAGCCUAGGGACACCAAAAUGAGCAAGGUGGGGUCCACUGUUACUUUGAUCAAUGUCACGCAGAUCCCUGGCCUCAACACUCUAGGAAUAUCUCUGGCGCGCAUCGAUUAUGCCCCAUUAGGUGAGAACCCGCCACACACCCACCCACGUGCCACUGAGAUCCUCACGGUGCUCGAGGGGACGCUCUAUGUCGGGUUUGUCACCUCCAACCCAAACAAACUCUUCGCCAAGGUGCUCAACAAGGGUGAUGUGUUUGUAUUCCCUGAGGGGCUCAUCCACUUCCAAUUCAACCCCGUCCAUGACAAGCCGGCGGUUGCAAUUGCUGCACUUAGUAGCCAAAACCCUGGGGUUAUAACCAUCGCCAAUGCUGUCUUUGGAUCAAAGCCACCAAUCUCAGAUGAAGUUUUGGCCAAGGCUUUUCAGGUGGAAAAGGGGACAAUUGAUUGGCUCCAGGCUCAGUUCUGGGAGAACAACCACUACUGAAAGCUCUAAUUUGUAGGCUGUAUGAGAAGAUGCAUAUUUAGAAUCCGCCAAAGAUGUGUAAUACUUUCUAUGUUUUAAGCAAUAGAAGUGUAUGGCACGUAAUGUUGUCCCAUUUGUAUUACUGGUCUUCGAAUUCGCGUCAGGUUCUUUGUCUGAUUGACGUUGUGUGAUGUACCGUGGUGUGGUUUUUUAUCCAAUUAAUAAAAAGAUGUGAUGCAUAAAGAGCUUUUAGAAGUUU